GUCCCGCCCUGGCGAGUCAGUCCUCGGGUUCCCUCCCUCCCCGGGCGCGCUCGGGCCGCCGCUGCGCUCCCCGCCCUCCAGCCGCCUUGCCGGAGCCACCCGCUGCCGGAGGAGGAGGUGGAGGAGCCGCAGGGGCCCGCCGAGGCGGCGGCGGCGGCAAGAUGGCGGACUUCCUGCCGUCGCGCCUGUGCUGUCCGUGUGCUUCCGGGCUGCGUGCUGACGAACGGCGAGGCCGAGCAGCAGCGCAAGUCCAAGGAGAUCGACAAAUGCCUGUCGCGGGAGAAGACCUACGUGAAGCGGCUGGUGAAGAUCCUGCUGCUGGGCGCGGGCGAGAGCGGCAAGUCCACCUUCCUGAAGCAGAUGCGGAUCAUCCACGGCCAGGACUUCGACCAGCGCGCGCGCGAGGAGUUCCGCCCCACCAUCUACAGCAACGUGAUCAAAGGUAUGAGGGUGCUGGUAGAUGCCCGAGAGAAGCUUCAUAUUCCCUGGGGAGAUAACAAAAACCAGGUCCACGGAGACAAGUUGAUGGCAUUUGAUACCCGAGCCCCCAUGGCUGCCCAGGGGAUGGUGGAGACUCGAGUUUUUUUGCAGUAUCUUCCUGCUAUAAGAGCCUUAUGGGAUGACAGUGGCAUACAGAAUGCCUACGAUCGGCGCCGGGAAUUCCAACUGGGUGAGUCUGUAAAGUAUUUCCUGGAUAACUUGGAUAAACUUGGAGUACCGGACUACAUUCCGUCACAGCAAGAUAUUCUGCUUGCCAGAAGACCCACCAAAGGCAUCCAUGAGUAUGACUUUGAAAUUAAAAAUGUUCCUUUCAAAAUGGUUGACGUAGGUGGCCAGAGAUCAGAACGGAAACGUUGGUUUGAAUGCUUUGACAGUGUGACGUCAAUACUCUUCCUUGUUUCUUCAAGUGAGUUUGACCAGGUGCUUAUGGAGGACCGCCUGACCAACCGCCUCACAGAGUCCCUGAACAUUUUUGAAACAAUUGUCAAUAACCGGGUUUUCAGCAAUGUCUCUAUAAUUCUCUUCUUAAACAAGACAGACUUGCUUGAGGAGAAAGUGCAAGUUGUAAGCAUCAAAGACUAUUUCCUAGAAUUUGAAGGGGACCCUCACUGCUUAAGAGACGUCCAAAAGUUUCUGGUGGAAUGCUUCCGGGGGAAACGCCGGGACCAGCAGCAGAGGCCGCUGUACCACCACUUCACCACCGCCAUCAACACAGAGAACAUCCGCCUUGUGUUCCGAGACGUGAAGGACACAAUCCUUCAUGACAACCUCAAGCAGCUUAUGCUCCAGUGAUGAGGAGACUCGCUGUUUUAAUACCUUGUUGUGAUUUUGAUUGUUUUCUGUUUGUCCUGUUUUUCUAUUUACAUAGCAGUUUACAUCAGCAGUUAGAAAAAUCUUAAUUCUGUGUCUAACUUCUUGGAAAUCUUAGUCCAUCUGUGGUCUUUAGUUUGUGGCUGACAGCUGCUGAAUUAACACAUUGCCAAUAUCUGCUGGAAUUCGGGCUUUGAUCGGUUUCACCGGGGCUUGCAUUCGAGUCCAAUUAUAACUUCCUGGCCAACCUCACACUAGGUGUAUUUCAGGCUUUGAAUUCUUCUGCUUGCAAACUGAAUUCUCCUGCAGUGCCAAGAAUAGGCAGUAUCUUUAAGUACUUGUAGGGAUGAGAUAAUGAACCUUCAGCUCUAAAGAGAGAGUGCCUUACACAGCAGUGACAUGCCUAGCUAGGGGGAGCCCUGGUCUGAAAGGGCUUUUAGAGAAAAGUUUAAGGAACAGCGAUCUCAGCCUACAGAGGCUUAGCCUCCUGCCCACACAGCUGUAGUUUGUUUGUUUGUUUGUUUGUCCUCAAUUUCUUUAAUUUCUGAAGGUAAUGUCUUAGUGUUUAAGUUUACAAUAUGGAUUUCAGCCUGAUGCUGAUGUGGUCACAAAUGGUACAUGUGCUAUGUUGAUCUGAGGUGACCAGUGACAUGCAGUUUCCUUUUGCCAUACAUAGUGUCACCAACUUAAUGUGCCAUGUUAGAGACACGCUGGCCAGAACAACUAGAAAGGGCAAACAUCUUGGCAACAGAAAUCAACAUAGUGGCUCCAGAGUGCCGCAGGAGUGGCUUUUGGUCCUGUCACAUUGGAUUUUGUGCCUUCUGGAGGGAAUCGCUGUCGGGUCUUCUUGCUUUUGUCCCACUGUCUCAACCGCAGCAACUCAGAACUGUGGCAUCGCGGGGUUCUCCUGUCACCGAGAGUUUGUUGGGCAACGUUUCCCUGUGAACUGUUGAAGGUGUCCUUUCAGUACCCUGUUGAUGGCUAGUGUCACUCUCUGUGUUACAGUGUGUACCUGUUGUGGAUGUCAUGUGUAUGAGAUGGCAGCUUCACUGAGGUACAUGUGAGUGUCUAAAGAAUGCAUCUGAGGAUAAGUAAGUUUUUUGGCUCAUACUUAAGGUUUGCCUUACACACACACACACACACACACACACACACACGCACACACACACACCACUAAGUUAAAGUGUGCCCCUGAAGUAGCUUGUGAUUAACUAUAGUGACUGGUGUACUAAACCAUCUGUCAUGGCCAACUGGCCUGUGAGUUUGUAGAGCCUGAGCUCGUGCCUGCUGCCCGUGGAGAGUGCAGGAGGGCAGCGAUGCCUGCUGGUUUACUGUGUGACUGCUCUCAGGCAAGAAGCUGGGCCCUGAAAAGCUGGCCAGCGGUGAGGCCUGCCGGCAGUAGCUUUCCUUUUCCCUUGCUGAAGGGUGCGAGAGCCGGGCCUUAGUGUGUACUCGAGAGACCUGACUUGUCCUGGAUUUGAACUUUGACUGCUGUUCUGUUUAUAAAGCCCAGUGCUUUCUUGCCUUGGUAAUAUCAUGAGUGUAAGGUGUGUACUCCAGUGUCCCAGUGCAGGCGUUGGUGGCAUGAUCGAUGGAUAUUUGGAUGGUUCUACAUCUGGUCCUUUUUGCCAAAAAGAAUCUAUCAUUUAAAUCCAUGGGGUUAGAGGACCCCGGUGCUGCUGGACAUUCGAGUGCAUGCCCAGUAGCAUGUGUUCUGUGUUCAUUUAGCAAACAUUGUGCAUUGGCCACAACUAGCUGCACUGAAGGCAGAGGUCAGUCCCUCCAGAAAGCAGUUGUCUGGUUAUAUGUAAGCUCUGUGGUGAGCACAGAAAUCCUUCCUGACAGAGCAGGAUCUCUGACUUCCUCCAUUGUGACCAUUACCAAGAAAAACCAAGAGCUCCCGACUAGAGGCAGCAUCCUCCUGGGCAUCUGCAGCUUCCUCUGAAGCGGGCAGCAUGUCCAGACCCAAUGUAGUCUAGGUUCAUUCUGAAGUGGUGGGUUACUUACACGUAAUGUCUGCAGGAUUGUUCAGAAGUUAAAGAACUGUGGGGCUCAGCCAAAAAGCCACGGCCCGCAUUUGCACAGUCUGACCCUACACCCCGAAAGUCAGGUCCUUUUGUAAAGUGAAAUACUGCUGUGUGAAGAGGGAGACGAAACGUAGCCGACAGAAUAGAAAAGGUGCUCAACCCUCAGUGUGCUGACUUCCCCACCCCUGAACCAUGCCUCGGAGUUGAGGCUCCGUUGGGCACUGGACCGAAUGUCUUGGGUGCAUAAAGUGAUUGUGCCUAAUUCAAGAUUCCUUCUUCAGUCCCACAGCCUUCCUGCUUACUGACAAAGAACCACACAAGUGUCUUAGUUGACUUCAACAUUUUUUUAUAUUUUACAGAGUUGCCUUAUAAAUAAAAGAACAACACAGAUUUAGACCUUAAUUUUUCCUUUAAUGGGGAAAGGGCUUUGUUCCAUGUUUUCUUAUGAUCUUAGUUCAAGAUGUGCAGCUGCCACCCGGAUAUCCAUAAUGGCCUGAGCUGUCGCUCUCCAACAAAUGCUGUCCAUAUUCAGUGGAGGCCUCCAUAGCAGCUUUUCUGUCUGGAAAGGGUGCUCAUAGCCAGAGGAAGCUUCAGCCAGGCAAGAUGGGGUGUCCUGAAGAGGAGCAUGUUGAUUUUUUCUGUUUGUUUUCCUAUCGCAGUGCAUUGUGGGUACUUCACACUCAGAGGGUCUCCGGGCAAAGUUCUCAAGUUGGGACUCAGCAGGGAAACGCUUGUUAAGUUAGUGGCAGCUGGUGAUUUAAAGUAAGAGAAAGUAAGACCACAUUAGUGCCAGAAGUGAUAAGAAUUGUCAGAUGCAGCCAAAGCAUGUGCCUCCAAGUAACUCUUACCUCCCAGUGUGUGUGCCCGAUGCUCGGGCUUCUGCUUUGAUGGCAUGUAUUUCUCAGUGUUGGUAUUCACAUCCGGUUAUGCCUCGUUUGUAUGAAGAAUAAAAUGGCCAAGCUAUGCGGUUCUAUCCUGAAACUCAAGCUAUUUGGAAAACCCUCAAAUUGGUGCUUUCAUUAUUUAAUGAUACAUUUAGACAAAACCCCAAACAAACCAUCUGAAACAUGACUCCAGGUUCCAAUUUGCAGCGAUGUCAUUUUCCUCAUUGGAGAAGAACAAGCGCCCGUGUUAAUUUGAAUUUCCUGUAUGAACCCAUACAUCCUACCUGUAAAGCCCAGUCAAACAUUUGUAAGAAAUUCCAUAAUAAACCUAGAGAAAGCCA